GCGGCGGGAGCGCGUGCAGGUGGGCACGCGCGGUGGGGCUCGGCCCGGCGGCUGGUGCGGGGAGGCUGCUGCUGCCGCCGCCCCUUUAAGGGGCCCGCCCGGGCCGCUGCUCCGCCCCUUCCCUUCCCUGGCUCGGCUUGCUGCAGGAGCAGCAGCAGCAGCAGCAGCGAUCGGAAGAAGAGCGAGGAGUCUGUCCGGCUGGCGAUGGGCAGCGAAGGCGCCGCCGCCGCCGCCGCCAUCGAGGCGCAGCCGCCGCCGCGCGAACCCCGCUAGAGCAAGAGCGGCAGAGGCCGCGGCCAGGCCGGCCGGGCAGCGCCAGAGGCGGGGGCAGGCGAGGAGCGCGGCAGCAGGGCUCCCCUCGGCCCCGGGGCACGCAGGGCAGGGCUGGCGACGGGGCUCCCCUCUCCCGGCGGGCUCUUUGUUGUGGCGGUGGUUCCUCCUCCUCCUCCUCCUCGUUCCCUUCCCGCUGCGCCCGCGAGGAGGAGGCGGCGGCGGCGGCGGCUCGUGGGCGAUGGGCAGCAGCGGUGGCGGCGCGGGGGGCGAGCGGGCAGCAGCAGCACCAGGCGCAGCGCCGUCCCCGCCGCCGCCGCCACCGGGAGCCCGCCGGGCAUGAGAAGAGGCGCUGCCGCCGCGAGCCGCCGCCGCCGCCGCCGCCAUGGUGGACCCGGUGGGCUUCGCCGAGGCGUGGCGCGCCCAGUUCGCGGACUCUGAGCCGCCGCGCAUGGCGCUGCAGUCGGUGGGCGACAUCGAGGGGGAGCUGGAGCGCUGCAAGGCCUCGAUCCGCCGCCUGGAGCUGGAGGUGAACAAGGAGCGCUUCCGCAUGAUCUACCUGCAGACGCUGCUGGCCAAGGAGAAGAAGAGCUAUGACCGCCAGCGCUGGGGCUUCAAGCGCUCCUCGCACGUCCCGGACGAGGUGGACGCCGUCCUCGAGCCGCCCGCCGAGAAGCCCAAGGCCCGCCCGGCCGCCCUCCGCAAGCUCUCGGCCGCCGCCGCCGCCGCCGCGCAGGGAGACCCCUCGGCAGGGCCUGCGGCGCCUUCCGACAGCAGCCCGCAGCAGCCCGGCGGCGGCGAGGAGAAGCUGCCCAGAGCCCCGGAGGAGGCCGAGGCUGCCGCCGCCGAGGGCUCCCCGUGCAAGCCGCGCCCGCUGUCCAGCGGCCAGCAGCAGCGCCGCCUCCUGAGCGCCUCCUCGGAGAAGGAAGGAGGCGCCUUCGAGCCGGUGGUGGGCAAGGAGCGCGGCGGCGGCGGCGGCGGCAGCGUGGCGGCGCUGCGCUGCAGCUUCGAGCGGCUGCGCAAGGCCAGCUCGCACUGCGAGGCGCCGGCCACUAGCGCCGCCGCCUCCUCGGAGAAAGCCUUCUACGUCAACCUGGAGUACCACCACGAGAAGGGGCUGGUCAAGGUGAACGACAAGGAGGUCUCCGACCAGAUCAGCUCGCUGGGCAGCCAGGCCAUGCAGCUGGAGCGCAGGAAGCCGGCCCCCCAGGCGGGCUACGAGCCCCCCCGCACGCCCUUCCGCGGCAGGUCUGCCGAGAGCAGCUUUGGGUACGACGGCGAGUACGAGGACGCCGAGCUGAACCCGCGCUUCCUGAAGGACAACCUGAUCCAGGCCAACGGCGGCGCCCGGCCGCCCUGGCCGGGGGACUUCCAGCCCUACCAGAGCAUCUACGUGGGCGGCAUGAUGGGGGAAGGCGAGAACAGCAAGGCCCCCGCCCUGCGCAACCCGGCCGCCGCCGCCACUGAGCAGGAGAAGCACCUCACCUGGCCCCGGCGCUCCUACUCCCCCCGGAGCUUCGAGGACAUCGGCGGGGGCUACACGCCCGACUGCAGCUCCAACGAGAACCUCACCUCCAGCGAAGAGGACUUCUCCUCGGGGCAGUCCAGCCACGUCUCCCCCAGCCCCACUACCUACCGGAUGUACCGGGAGAAAAGCAGGUCCCCUUCCCAGAACUCCCAGCAGUCCUUUGACAGCAGCAGCCCCCCGACCCCGCAGUCUCAGAAGCGGCACCGGCAGCAGCAGGUUGUGGUCUCCGAAGCCACCAUCGUGGGAGUCCGGAAGACGGGACAGAUCUGGCCCAGCGAUGGGGACAUCAUGGCCCCUGGGAGGCCCUCUCUGGACAGUUGUUUCCAUGGAGAUGCAGAUGCCUCCUUCAGCGGGAUGCCACCCGGCUACGUCUACGAUGCGGACCGGGCGGAAGAGCAGCGGCGACACCACGACCUGAUGCCCUACAUCGACGACUCGCCCUCCUCUUCGCCCCACCUCAGCUCCAAGAGCCGAGACAGCCACGAUACUCUCUCCUCGGGGUCGCUGGAGUCCACCAAAUCGAAUGAGACGGACUUGGAGAAGGGCUUGGAGAUGAGGAAAUGGGUCCUGUCUGGAAUCUUGGCUAGUGAGGAAACCUAUCUAAGCCACCUUGAAGCUCUCUUGCUGCCGAUGAAGCCCCUGAAAGCGGCUGCCACCACCUCCCAGCCGGUGCUGACGGGUCAGCAGAUCGAGACCAUCUUCUUCAAAGUACCAGAACUCUACGAGAUCCACAAGGAAUUCUACGACGGACUCUUCCCGCGGGUCCAGCAGUGGAGCCACCAGCAGAGGGUGGGGGACCUCUUCCAGAAGCUGGCCAGCCAGCUGGGCGUGUAUCGGGCCUUCGUGGAUAACUACGAGGUUGCUAUGGAGACGGCAGAGAAGUGUUGUCAGGCCAACGCUCAGUUCGCGGAAAUCUCCGAGAAUCUCAGGGCUAGGAGCACCAAGGACUCGAAGGACCAGACGAUGAAAAACUCCUUGGAAACUCUCCUGUACAAGCCGGUGGACCGAGUCACACGCAGCACUCUCGUCCUUCACGACCUCCUGAAGCACACGCCUUCCAGCCACCCAGACUACCUGCUUCUCCAGGAUGCCCUCCGGAUCUCCCAGAACUUCCUGUCCAGCAUCAACGAGGAGAUCACGCCCAGGCGGCAGUCCAUGACCGUCCAGAAGGGAGAGCACCGUCAGCUCCUGAAAGACAGCUUCAUGGUGGAGCUGGUUGAGGGUGCCCGCAAGCUGCGCCACGUCUUCCUCUUCACGGACCUCUUCCUGUGCGCCAAGCUCAAGAAGCAGAUUGGAGGGAAAAGCCAGCAGUAUGACUGCAAGUGGUACAUUCCACUCUCGGACCUCAGCUUCCAGACGGUGGACGACUCGGAGGCCGUGCCGAACAUCUCGCUGGUGCAGGACGAGGAGCUGGACGCGAUGAAGAUCAAGAUUUCCCAGCUCAAGAGCGAUAUCCAGCGAGAGAAAAGGGCUAACAAGGGCAGCAAGAACAUGGAGAGGUUGAAGAAGAAGCUUUCGGAGCAAGAAUCGUUGCUUCUGCUGAUGUCUCCCAGCAUGGCUUUCCGAGUGCAUAACCGGAACGGCAAGAGCUACACAUUUCUCAUCUCCUCGGACUAUGAACGGGCAGAGUGGCGGGAGAUCAUCCGGGAGCAGCAGAAGAAAUGCUUCAAAAGUUUCUCGCUGACCUCCGUGGAGCUCCAGAUGCUGACAAACUCCUGCGUGAAGCUUCAGACCGUGCAUCACAUUCCCCUCACGAUCAACAAAGAAGACGAUGAAUCCCCCGGCCUUUACGGAUUCCUGAACGUCAUCGUCCAUUCCGCCAGCGGCUUCAAGCAGAGCUCAAACCUGUAUUGUAGCUUGGAAGUGGAUUCCUUUGGGUACUUCGUGAACAAGGCUAAAACGAGAGUUUACAGGGACACCACAGAACCCAACUGGAAUGAGGAAUUUGAGAUUGAACUGGAGGGUUCACAGACUCUUCGGAUCUUGUGCUAUGAGAAGUGCUACAACAAAACCAAGGUCCCCAAGGAAGAUGGGGAGACCAUGGACCGAAUUAUGGGCAAAGGCCAAAUUCAGCUGGAACCACAGGCUUUGCAAGAUAAAGACUGGCAACGCACCGUCAUCCUGAUGAAUGGGGUGGAAGUGAAGCUGUCGGUGAAGUUCACAAGCAGGGAGUUCAGCUUAAAGAGGAUGCCCUCCCGCAAGCAAACGGGAGUAUUUGGAGUGAAGAUCGCGGUUGUCACUAAGAGGGAGAGAUCAAAGGUCCCUUACAUUGUGCGCCAAUGUGUGGAGGAGAUUGAGCGCCGCGGCAUGGAGGAGGUGGGCAUCUACCGUGUCUCCGGCGUUGCCACCGACAUCCAGGCCUUGAAAGCUGCCUUUGAUGUCAAUAACAAAGAUGUCUCUGUCAUGAUGAGCGAGAUGGACGUCAAUGCCAUUGCCGGGACCCUCAAACUCUACUUCAGAGAGCUGCCUGAGCCCCUCUUCACAGACGAACUCUAUCCCAACUUUGCUGAAGGCAUCGUACUUUCAGAUCCAGUUGCAAAGGAAAGCUGUAUGCUGAACUUACUGCUGUCUCUUCCGGAACCCAACCUCGUUACAUUCCUUUUCCUCCUGGACCAUUUGAAAAGGGUUGCUGAGAAGGAGAGCAUCAACAAGAUGUCCCUUCACAACCUGGCCACUGUGUUUGGACCAACACUGCUUAGACCAUCGGAAAAGGACAGCAAAAUCCCUGCCAACCCCACCCAGCCAAUCGCCAUGACUGAUAGCUGGUCACUAGAAGUCAUGUCCCAGGUCCAAGUCCUCCUCUACUUCCUGCAGCUAGAGACUAUUCCUACCCCUGACAGCAAGAGACAGAGCAUCCUGUUCUCCACAGAAGUGUAGAAGCGGGAUCCAGCAGGGAAGGGGCUGAUGGAACUUGCCCGUGGCAUGAGCCACCACACUCUGGGAAGAGGAGAAACCCAUUCGUCCUUCAGACAUUCCUGGCCUGUCCUUGCCCACGAAAGGGAAGUGAGGCUUCCAACCCUUCUGUUGUUUGGUGGGCAAAGAUGGGAUGAAGAUUUAAUUGAAAAGAAAAGGACUCCUUCCCGUUCUGGCCGCCAGAACAGGCAAGGAACGCCAGACGAGAGAACGGCCGCUGCGCUGUGAGUUUCCACCACCAGAGGGAAGGAGUGGGCAGCAAAAACUUUCCGUGUGACUGAGAGAGAGAAGAGAAGAGACGGAUUCUUCUGGGUUUUUUAUGGGAUUAAUUUUAUUGUUACAAAGCUUCGAGAUUUUUACUCGGCCCACUUGCGAAGAGCAAAAGGAUAUACCAAAACUGUAGCUUUAAUAUCUACUGGUUUUGGUUUCUAACGGGAUAUAGUGUCGGUCAUCUAUGAUGCCUUCUACAUGGAAGUUCAAAUCUUGGUUUCAACAGGGCUCUCUCUUUUUUCCUUCUUAAAAUAAAUUAAUUAAUUAGAGGCUUCGUAGACAAUUGGAGCUUUGAGGUUUUUUUGCCCCCAGUCCGCCUCUCUCUUUGGAAACAUACGAGGUGGGAGGGGAUGCAUUUUCUUGCCCCCAUCCCACCACCGACUUCUUUUAGAGGUGUGUGUGGGGUGUGUGUGUGUUAAAGGUGACAUAUCUUGUUGCAUCCUAUGAAGGUCAGUGGGCUAAAGAGGAUUGGGGGAGUGUGAGAGUAUAGGAGGGUCAUAAUUAAUUUGUUUUGGACCAAAAGGGAAAAAAAGAGUGAUGCUAGUGCAAGCCUGGGUGAAUUCUGUAGGCCUUCUAAAUAUAACAGAAUAUUAUUUGGAGGAUGGGUAGUCUCUCUUUCUAUUCCCCAUCCCUACCUAUUUUUUAAAAAAAUGCUUUUCCCAGUCCUCUGCCCAACUAGGCGUCAUUGGCUGUUCUAGCAUAAGCAUUGCGAUCUGUUCAUGAAGAGUUUUCAGAGACAGAAGUCAAUAGCUGUCUGGCUGCUUAACCGAAACUUUUAUCAGAAUAGCUCUUUUGAUACUUGAAGCUUUAUUUUUCUCUCUCUCGAGACUUUGUACGUUGCUUAUGGAAAGUGUCUCUUCCCUCUGCUUUUGCUGGCAAAUCGAAAGGUUUUGAUAAGAUGUUUAAUAAUCUACAGAACUGAUGAUUGAUGAGCAGGUAGCGUUUUGUAUUUUUCAGAAAUUCCAAACUUGUGUUAAUUAAGAUUGUUGCAGAAAUUGUUCUUGCAGGAGAAAUUGCCCAUGUCGUUGGCACCUGAGCAACCGUAUCUGAAAGCGUGUAGUGCUGGGAAGUGGGAACAAACUCUCUGCAGUCUCAGGUGGAAAGGAUACCAAGUUGCAUUUAGUGGCUGCAUUCAGACAUAAUGCUGAACCAUGGUCUGUCGUUAUAUUUGAACCCAUAUCAGCUGGUGAGCAAAUCAAAUCCUGGUUUGCAGAUAGUUUGCAAAACACAGCUUGCGCUAACCAUCAUUUGCCAGGAUAUUUGAAUUCACAAACUACAGACAAACCAUAGUUAUGGCUGUUGCUCCUCUGCGAAAAGGCUUCAGCCCUGUGCAGAAGACUUGAACCUAUGGAAAAUGAAAGUAGACAAGCAGUUCUCAACCCUUGCUUGUCUGUCGCAUUUUUGGAAACUCAAGCCAUGAUGUGGGUUCUUAAAUCGUAAGCCUAAGCCAUAGUUUGACAUGGUGUCUGAACUGAGCCCGUAUGUCUCCUCUCACUUCUCAGCCAGUUGUGCAGAAAAAUUAUAUCCAGAGAAGACAAAUUCUAUCUCUUCUCUCCCCACCCCCACCCCCCACAUUAAAGUGUGAGGGGCUAAGAAGUGAAACUGUUGGCUUGGUUCAGGGGAAGAUUUGGGAGUAGGAAAUGAGGAGACAUUUCCCCCAAAGCUCCUCCUACCUUGCAGUUUCUGAUAAAUAGUGGAUUGCCCUCCGAAACAGAGGGAUGGAAGGCAGUGGGGAAAUGGUGGUGUGGACGGCCGCUCUCUUCUCCCGUCCUCUUGCGUAAUGCCAGCUGCUCUUACUGUUGUGAUGUUGCACACUCUGCAACAGAAGAGGGCUUUUGUCAGCUCUGUGAGUCUAAUCAGCAUUUUCCACGCUCCUGGAGUCCUGCUUGGCACCUCUUCGGUCCCAGCCCUAGAAGGGACAUUGCAUGGCAGAUCUUCUCUGGACUAAUUCCACAACAUUCCAAACUCUGCCUUCUCCGUUUCCUUGCUGUGGUGGGUCAUCCCUGGCCCUCCAGAAGUAUGGUUUACACAGUAUUUGGAAAGGCGCUGCAAAGCCUUUUGAAGGGAUCACAUGUGCUUUGAUAUUUUGCUUGGCCUUUUCAUUCUUAAUUUUCACUUGAGAUGAAGAAUAACUGGGCCAUUCUGGACCAGGGAAGAAUUUGCUGUCUGAACCGCAGUUUCCUGUGCCCAGCUGGACUUGUUUCUAAUCAGUCUUUUGUCCUAACAGCCAGCAGGCUUUUUCUCCUUCCAUCAGCCAUCCCUCUGCCUGUUCUUCCGAGGCAGUGCUUCUUGUGCUGUGAGGCGGGCCUCCCUCGGAGGACAUGAAGGGGCUAGCAGGGGAACGGGCAAGCCGUCUCCCUCCCACUGAGUACAGUGCAGGAAAUGGGGAAUCCCAUCAGCAUCGUGAGCCCAAGCCGCUGUUUCUGAGAGGGUUUGCGGGAAUGGCCAUGUAGGACUGCAGGGAGGGUGGUUUGGGGAUCUCGCAGUGGAUGCAGGCUGAGCUUGCUUGGCUUUUGCCACAGAUAGAACGGAGAACAGCAUUGACCUUCCUGUCCAAAUGGGUUUCACAUGCUGCUUCGUCAUGGCAUCCUCCUUUCGUUCAGCUUUGGGUCUGGCACUGAAGCUUCUGUGGAGAUGCACUUUUUGGAUUUACUCAAGCCUGCUCCUGGGAGGUUGGUCCCCAGAAUAAGUGCGUGUCUUCCCUGUGUGUUCUCUGAGGAGGCGUCCUAGGGUCUCCGCUUAGUGCUUUGAGCUGGGAAGCGGCAGGCACCCUUCCUCCCCUUCUGAAUGCCUGCAGACACAGCUCAUCUCUUGGUCAGCUGGCUUCUGAGUGGAUGUGCAAGUCCAGUGCUAGCAGCAGCAGGAGGAGGAUGGUGCUGAAGAAGUCCAGUGAAUGGCCUAAUGGUCCUAGGAGCUUGACUUGCGCUUGGGAAGGCUUAAAUGUCUGUCUUGGCCUUGGUGGGAGGCUUGCUUUGACCUCCCGCCUUUGAGAACUGCAGUUCCUUAAGGGCUUCACCGUUACGGCCUGGACAUCCUAAAGUUGUACCACAGUAGGCAGUUUCUCUUUCAGCGAUUCCCUUGUGAUCCCAGUGAUUUCCUUGCAUCAUUGUUGGUUCCUUAAUUCCGUUUAAAACUGGAAAAGCAAUACUACAAACACAACAAAUGUGCCAAUUUUACCUUGCCUGACUUUUCUUUUUGAUUUUUUUUAAUUUAUAUUAAAUUGUAAUGUUAAUGUUGAAUUGAUGCUUUAUGUUGCAUAGCCACAGGGCGGUUGCAUCUGCUCUGGUAAUCCUGAAGAGGGUCGCUUAGAAAGUUUUCUGCAUCAGUACCCAUGCAGGCAUGUGGAUGUGGGAGAGGUCGCAUUAUUGAUUUUAACUGUUAACUGUUCUUUUAUUAUGAGCCUAUGCUUUCCUCGGAAGUAGUGAUUUGGGGCUGGGGAAAUUCAUGCAUCCAACUAAAGCGGAUUUGAAACAUGUAAAAGGAUUGCAUUUUAUUUAUUUUUAGUUGCUAUUGUUCCUUCCUCCAAGGAACUCGGAGUGCAUAUAUGGGUAACCCUCUUUAGAUUUUUGCAACAACCCUGUGAGGUGGGCUAGGUUAGGCUGAGAGAGAGUGACUCACAGAAGGUUACUCUCCCAGGCUGGAGAUGGGGAGCAAGAGGCUUGGCCUCCCCCCCCCGUCAACCCCAGCUUCAAAAUAAACAUUCUGCGGAAACCUCUCUCUCACUUGGCUUACCAUCACUUCCCAAGCAGUGAGUCUGAUCAACCAACCUCUUUCACCUUAAGUUGGAAGUCACAUCAAGGAGCCGGGCACUCCAUUGGUGGCCCCAUUCUGGCCCCGGGGCUGGCUAGGCAGGAGGGUUGUCUCUUGGUGUAGAGUUUAGACUGUUCCAAUUAGUUUUGAAUUGGGUGGGCGUGUUGUAAUCGGAGGUUACAAACUGGGGAUAAGUCAAAGGUAGGCAGCAGUCUAUUGAGGAAUCUUUUGGAGAUUCAUUUCUAUGCCUUAAUGUCCUCAAAUACCAUUCUGGGAGGUCAUUCCCCAUAGCCUUCUUGAUGCCCAGGUUUCGUGUUGUGCUCUUGCUUGUGUAGUUCCAAGUUCCUCAAUGCUGAGGUUUUGAAAUAGCAAGUGAGAAAAGCUCUUGAGUACCUCCCUGCAUCUUACUCUGAUCUUUGAGAAUGGCCAAGAGGACCUUGCCACCUUCAUCUGACGCCACUCAUGCUCCAAAUCCGAACAAUCAAGGGCUAAUACAGUGGUACCGUUGAGCUAGAAUCAUGGCAUUCCCUUCCCAUGGGCCCUCAGAGAAGACUAUUCUGAACAUUUCCAGGUUUGCUUUUUUGGACUCUGGACAUAAACCAGCAGGGAGUAAGGGUGGUGUGAUUAGCUGCAUAGGGCUGACUAUCCCACACGUGUGCACUCUGCUGAAUAGGGUGCAGAGUUUAAUUCAAACACAACAUAAGGGUGGGGGAAGGGGGGGUGAUAGCAAGCACCCUGAGCUGUGCUAGUGGCUGCACUUCGGACGACCUGUCGCUUCUGAAUGCUUUUCAGGGGCAGUCCCAUGUAGAGCCCAUUAUGGUAGCCAAGUCUUUAUGGACGAUAGAGACCAGAUCUGCUGCUGACUCGCUAAGUGAAGCUGGACAUAGCUGCUCCUGGCCACAGCUUCCACUUGACCUCCUGGGAUCGAGGCUGGGUCAGGGAAAACCCUGGAGCUGCUUACCUGGGAGAGCUGGUCUGGUGGUAGCAAGCAUGACUUGUCCCCUUAGCUAAGCAGGGUCUGCCCUAUUUGCAUAUGAAUGGGAGACUAGAUGUGUGAGCACUGUGAGAUAUUCCCCUCGGGAUGAAGCUGCUCUGGGAAGAGCAGAAGGUUCCCAGUUCCCUCCCUGGCAGCAUCUCCAAAAUAGGCCUAAGAGGUAUUCCUGCCUGCAACCUUGGAGAAGCCGCGGCCAGUCUGUGAAGACAAUACUGAGCUAGAUAGACCAAUGGUCUGACUCAGUAUAUGGCAAGGUUCCUAUGCGCUUCAGGAGGAGUACCAUUCCAUUAAGAGUGGGCAAUGAACCUCUCUGUGGACUAAGAGCACCUCUUUUUUUGUUCGGAUUUAGCUCCCACUUAUUUGUCCACAUCCAGUCCGUCCCUGUCCCCAAAUAAUGUUCAGAAUUUCUACUGCUUCUCUGACAUCAGCUGGAAAUGAGAGAGAGAGAGAGAGAGAAUGAGAAUGAAUAUCAUCAGUGUACUGACAGCCCAGUUCAAGAUCUUGAUGAUCUCUCCCAGUUUCUCAUAGAUGUUAAAUAGUAAGGGAGAUGAGAUGGAACCCGCAGUGGUCCCAUCGGCUUCCCCAAAACCACCUUCUGGAAUCCAUCCUCCAGUUAAGACUUAACACUGUGCUCUCCAGUAAGAUGGUAUCAAAAGCAGGUGAGAGGUCUGGCAGAACCAUCAGGGACACACUCCGUCUUUUUGGUUACCAAACAGAAUGUCAACCCAAGCAAUUUCAGUUCCAGGACAAAAAUAAGAUAAUUGGCAGAAAAUUCUGGAGUUGGGAUCCUGCCACCACCUUAAUUACCUUGCCCAGGAAUAUCAAAUUAGAGACUGCUCUAUAAUUGGUAGGCUUUUUUCAGCAGAGGUUUUACAACUGUUUCCUUGAGAGGAGCGUAGCCCUCCCGUAAGAGAAGCAUUCGUUAUUCCCAUGACCUAUUCUUGCUGACUUAAUCAGCCAUAAAUGGCAAGGAUCGAGAGGCCAUGUGGUCAGCUGCCUUUCUUCAAGGAUUGUGUUCAUAUCCUCAGGCAGAAAAAGCUGAAAGGAAUCCAUAACAGACAGACAAACAACCCAGUGCUAAAGCCACUCUUCUGCUCCUUCCAAUCUGAAAUCCAGGUCAGAACGGAUGUGAACAACUUUAUCUGCAAACUGCAAAGCAAAUUAGUUGCAGUGGAUUACCAAGCUGUUGGCCCACACCAAAAUGAUGCAAUUAUGGCAGAAAAGUCGGGCUUGUUUGCCAUCACCAACACCACCGUAUAGGCUCUCAGGUGAUCAGUAAUUCUGCUGACAGAACUACCAGUCUCUAGUAGCAGGUAAACCUCCAUGACCAUCAGGAAUCCAUCAGCCUCUGGGGUCAGACUAUUCUAACAGGUUCCCUACCCUGCAAAGGUUCGAGGAAGCGAUGCAAUGCCUUGACACCCAAUAAGGUAGUCAGUCCAUGCAUGCCAAGGGAGCUGUCUCUAGUCUCCAUGGCGUAACCUGGCAUGCACACAAGUAGGGAUAGCCUCAUGAUUGCUUUGGUGGUCAUCAAGUCCUGAACUGCAACUGCCAUGGAAGCGUCUGUGUACAUGUUGAGAUCCCCCAUGGUGCACUCCGGGGGGGGAUCCACCACUCCUGGGACCACCAGCGCAGUCAGCUUAGGUAGGGGGACGUGCACAGAGGGUUGGACACAAGUCUAAACCUGUCUCCAUGGCCCAUUCUCAACUUGAGCACAGCUUUAAACGGGCGAAUGCUGGGCGCAGGGCCUUGUUAGUGGUGUAGAGUCACGAUAGACCACAGAUCUCAAUAGACCAGGUUUCUGUGCCCAUAAACCUGGUGGGCAGUGCUGGGAGAGGUUAGGACCCCCCAGCUCGUCCACCCAAGUCUGCAAAAUACAUACCAGCUUGGCUUGCUGAUCUGGGUGGCUGAGAGCAUUCCACACACUUCCCCUGAGUCUUCCCCUCUCUAACGGAUAAGAAUACCACUUCUGCUAAAUAAUCUUGAUAACUGAAGAGUUACCAGUGUUGGCUGAUAAGUUAGGGCUCCCAUCAGUAAAUCCACCACUAAGCACCCUAAUAAUAUAUCAGGAUUAUUAGCUGCAUAUAUAUUCAAAGGAAAUGUACACAAAAUGGCAAAAACGGAGUGAAAAUGAGUUACUGUCUUGUACAACUGAGGUUGUCGUGGUUAAAAACUGAAGGUGUAUCUCUGAGCAAGACACUAUGAAAUAUGCAUCCUUAUUCUUUUUUUUUUUAAGUGAUGACUUAUCUUGCCUACGUAACUUUCAUAACUUUUCCUUUUCUCUCUUGUUGUAAGCAUUUAUAGUCCAUGUUAAAUUCAGAGGAAAGCAGAUGGAUACAACUAUUUAUUUAAAUAUAAAUGCAAUUAAAUUAUAUAAUUAGUGCUGGCAUUUUCAGCUGUAGGAGGGUUUUUUGUUCGCUGUUGGUGGAUCAUACUGGUUUUCCACCACAGAGCUGAUAUUUGUUGAAAUUUGUUUUAAUACUGCCAUGUUUCAUGUUUAAAGCAUUUUGCUUUGGCAUUUUAUAUUGCUGCUGUUCUUGCUACAAAACCCCAAAUGCUCUGAUUCAGAAACGGAAAGCAAUGAAGUAAUCCUGAAGCGGUGCUGAGCACUUGGAAUGGCUGUUUGAAGACGACUGUUUUUCCAGUGCUUUUGUCUGUCAGGAACAGGUCCAAAAAGAAGCAGUGAAGAAACAAACAUUAAAAGGAAGUGUGUGUGAAUCUCUCUCUCUUUUUUAAACUUGAUGGAAAUUAAAAAGGGAUUGAAAAACCUGUAUUUGGAAAGGAAAUCCAAGGCAUUUGUAGCCUUUGUUUGUACACAAUGUUAAAUAAAUUUCUUCUGUAUCUCUG